GUGUCCAAAGGUCAUAUCAACAACAUCGCCCGCAUGUGCAAUUUAAGGUAAAAAGAAAAUAGAUGAUAAAAAGUAAAAUAUAACAUAUUUGAAUGCCAAAUUUUGUAUUUAAGAUAGACUAUUUUUUAUUUACAACUUGAGAAACAUUUGUAAUAAUGAAAGGCAAAAUCAGGCAGAAGAUGAAGAAAAAGAAGGCGAAUCCAGUACUACAAAAAUACAUGACGACCGUGGAUGAUUUCGUUAAAAGCCAAAGUGUUCCAGAUGAAUCAGAGAGCAGACACGAGCUGAGAUUUGUGAAAAAGAAAAGCAGAAAAGAACUACGCAAAGAGAAGCGAAAAAUGAAGAAAGCCCGAAUGAAAAGUCAUUAUGAAGGCAAGAAGAGCGCCUGUUUAAUCCCCAGUGAUGACAAGAGCACAACAACAAAGACAGAAAAACAGAAGAAAAAGAUUGACAAAAGAAAGGAAGUGUCAAAGACUGCCUCUGUGGAAAAAGACAAAUCUAAAAAAGCUGAAACUUCCAAAAAAGGGAAAAAAGUCAACAGACUGAAAGAAUCAAGAAAUUUGGCUUUGUUGGAGGCAAACGAACAAGAGGACAGAGAAAUAAAGAAACUAGAGCGAUGUCUUGGGCUGAACAAGAGGAAAAACAAGAAGACUCUUCCACAGUCUUUCGUGACUGAUGGACUGGAUUACAUCCUGGGCGUCCUGGACUCUGGUUCUUCAGCUGCAGGAAUGUACACAGGGGAUGACGAUGAUGAGGACGACAUGGACAUGGCCAAAGAGAACUUUGAAAAGCUUGAAGACAGCGACUCUCAGCAGUCAGAAGAUGAUGAAAAAGCUGAAGAUGAGAUGGCCAGUGAUGUGAGCGAGAAUGAUGAUGAAGAGGAGGAUGAUGAUGAAGAGGAGGAGGAGGAUGAUGAUGAAGAAGAGAAUGACAUGGAGGAAGAUGAGGAGGAUGUAAGUGAAGACAAUGGGGAGCUGAUUGAAAGUGAUGCAGAAGAUGAAGAAAACAAAGAAGAAUUGGAGGAUGACGAUGAUGAAAAUACUCCUUCCAACUUAAAGUCAGAAGCUGUCACCACUACACCUGGAAAGUAUGUUCCUCCUCAGCUGCGUAACACUGGAGAUGAUAAACGCAAAGCUGAGCUGGAAAAACUCAGAAGGAAUAUCAAAGGCCUCUUAAACAGGCUAAGUGAGCCAAACAUGGGCUUCAUCUGCAAUCAGUUAAAUGAGCUGUUUAUGAGCUACAGCAGGAAAGACAUGAAUGACACUCUGACAGAGGUGCUGCUUGCAGCCUGUGUUACCACAACUCUGAUGCCGGAUCGACUAGUAAUGGAACAUGUGCUGCUUGUCAGUAUCCUCCAUCAUUCUGUGGGACUGGAGGUGGGAGCUCACUUUCUGGAGACAGUUGUGCGCAGGUUCGAUGAGGUCUACAAGACUUCCAGCGAAGGGAAAGAGUGCGACAACCUCGUGGCCAUCGUCGCCCACUUGUACAACUUUCAGGUGGUACACUCCACUCUCAUCUUCGACAUCCUGAAACUGCUGCUGGGAUCGUUUGUGGAGAAGGACAUCGAGCUCAUUCUGUUUGUGCUGAAGAAUGUCGGCUUUGCCCUGAGAAAAGACGACCCUUUGGCUCUGAAGGAGCUCAUCUCUGAGGCUCAGCGGAAAGCCAACGACACAAAGUCAAAGUUUCAGGACCAAACCAGGGUGCGUUUCAUGCUGGAAACAAUGCUGGCUUUAAAGAACAAUGACAUCCGAAAGAUUCCUGGUUAUGAUCCUGAACCUGUAGAGAGACUCAAGAAGCUGCAGAGGACUCUGAUCCACCGAAGCUCAGGAGGCAGCGAUGUGAAACUGAGGGUCUCCCUGGAGAACUUGCUUGCAGCCGAGCAGGUGGGCCGCUGGUGGAUCGUCGGUUCAUCUUGGAGCGGAGCGCCCAUGAUCAGCAAGCAAGAAGACCCAACCGCCAAGCACAGCUCUGCUGAAGGCCGGUUUAGUGCCAAAGUUUUAGAGCUGGCAAGGAAGCAGAGGAUGAACACUGAGGUCCGAAGAAACAUCUUCUGUGUUCUUAUGACCAGCGAAGACUACCUGGAUGCUUUUGAGAAGCUGUUGAGAAUGGGACUGAAGGACAAACAAGAAAGAGAGAUCGUCCACGUCCUGAUGGACUGCUGUCUGCAAGAGAAAACCUUCAACGCCUUCUACGCCGUGCUGGGAGAGAAGUUCUGCUCCCACGAUCGGCGCUUUCAGAUGACGUUCCAGUUCAGUCUGUGGGAUAAGUUCAGAGAACUGUCCAGCCUCUCCAGCAGCACCUUUAACAAUCUGGUCCAGCUGGUGACCCAUUUCCUUCAAAAGAAAUCCCUCUCACUCUCUAUUUUAAAGGUGAUAGAGUUUGGGGAGCUUGAUAAGCCGACCGUCCGCUUUCUGCGUCAGGUGUUGACCAAACUGCUAAAUAACACCGACCUUGAAGAUCUGGCUGCUAUAUUUGGAAGGAUUUCAGGAAUUCCCCAGUUAGCUAUGCUCCGGGAAGGCUUAAAGCUUUUUAUCAGCCACUUCCUCCUAAAGAAUGCACAGACACAGGGACCAGCUGAGCAAGCAGCGCUGCUGUCGGAGCGCGCCGAGGUCGCCGCCAAAGCUAUGGAGGCCAAAGAGGCCAAACUCAAACUGUAAACCACACACAGACCAGAAAUACUAUGGGGCAGAAGGAGGUUUUUAUGGAUAAAGUACUCUGUAUUAUGAGUAAAAACCUGUUUAUAGACAUUUUUUAUUCUAAUUGAUGGUUAUUUUCCUUAAUUUGAUCAAAAAAAUCAAUGAAUAAAAUAGAUUUCAAUUACUGAAA